AUGUCAGGCCACAAGAAACGUGUCUACCCGGAGGCGCAGUACCAGUAUGGGGCACAGCCCGCUGCACCAUCUCAAGGGUUUCCUCCGGGGCCCGCGAUGUCACCCCCCAUGCAAGCACAACAGUUCUUGACUCCGGCGCAGCAGCAGCUGCACCAGCAGAUCGACCAGGCGACGAGUUCCAUGGGCAACAUGAACCUGCACAACGUGCCGGUGGUGGACCCGAGCACAUUCUACCAGGCGGGUGUUGCAUCGCCACCCGUGGCUCCUCAUGCAGUGGCUGGCACACAAUACAAUGAGCAACCGUACGGUCACAUGUCGAUUGGCAAGCCAAUGAACCAACUGUACCCAAUUGACUUGUUCCAGGAGCUCCCACCGCCGAUCACGGACCUGUCGCUGCCGCCACCUCCGCUGCUGGUGCCGGCAGAGAGGAUUGUUGUUCCGUCGGAGGAGGCCAAUGCGUCGCCUGACUAUCUGCGGUGUACUCUAAAUGCGAUUCCCAAGACGAACGGGUUGCUGAAAAAAUCCAAGCUUCCGCUGGCGAUGGUCAUCAGACCGUACUUGCAUUUGGAGGACUCCAUUGACCCGCCACCUUUGAAUAUGGACGGGUGCAUUGUGCGUUGCAGACGGUGCCGCUCUUAUAUCAACCCAUUUGUUACAUUUUUGGAGGGCGGCAGGCGCUGGAGAUGCAACUUCUGUAACCUAGCCAACGAUGUUCCUCAGGCUUUUGAUAUGGACAUGCAAGGCGUGCCAAUCAACAGAUACGACAGAAAUGAGAUCCAACGUGCAGUCGUGGAAUAUCUUGCGCCGAAGGAGUACGCGGUGAGACAGCCACCGCCUUCCUGUUAUGCAUUUGUAUUCGAUGUCUCUCAGAACGCGAUCAAGAACGGCCUGCUAGCAACCGCCGCAAGAACUCUGCUAGAGUCCUUGGACUCGUUACCCAACUAUGACGAGAGAACUCGCAUUACAAUUCUGGCCGUCGACCAUACAAUCCAUUACUUCUCUGUUCCCCUAGAUGAGGAAGGUGACCACAUCAGAAUGAUGGAUGUUGUCGACUUGGAUGAGCCCUUCCUACCAAUGCCAGACACCAUGUUUGUAUCCUUAAAGGAUUGUAGAAACAACUUGGAAAAACUGUUAAGCCAGAUUCCAGACAUAUUCCAAUCCAAUAUUUUGCCGAAAUUUGCCCUAGGACCAGCUUUGAAGGCCGCUCAUAAUCUAAUAAAGGGCAUCGGCGGUAAGAUCAUUGUUGUCUCCGCUACAUUGCCAAAUAUCGGUAUCGGAAAGCUAAACAAGAGAAAUGAAGCAAGCGUCGCUAACACUAGCAAAGAAGCGUCGCAACUACUGAGCUGCGGUGACUCCUUCUACAAGAAUUUCACAAUCGACUGCAACAAAACGCAGGUUACCAUCGAUAUGUUUUUAGCAUCUGAUGAUUAUGUUGACUUUGCUUCUGUGUCGAACCUAGGAAGAUAUACCGGUGGCCAAACACAUUUCUAUCCUGGGUUCACCGCUUUGAACAUGAUUGAUGUCACCAAGUUUAGCAAGGAGUUCUCCAAGCACAUAACCAUGGAUUUGUCGAUGGAGGCCGUGAUGAGGGCACGUGGCUCGACUGGUCUGCGGAUGAGCCGUUUCUAUGGCCACUUCUUCAAUAGAUCGUCUGAUCUAUGUGCCUUCCCAACAUUCCCAAGGGAUCAAUCUUACGUUUUCGAGAUAUCUAUUGAUGAGCAAAUCGUUCGUGACUACGUUUACCUGCAGAUUGCCGUCCUAUUGUCUCAGAACACUGGUCAGAGAAGAAUCCGGGUCAUUACUGUCUGUAUACCAACAACAGAUAGCCUGGCUGAGGUUUACGCAUCCGCCGACCAGUUAGCAAUGACUGUAUACCACUCCCAGAAGGCAAUUGAAAAAGUAAUGAGUUCUGGCUUCGAAGACGCCCGCGAAUACCUUGACAGAUCGGUGCAAGAAGUUUUGGCGACAUACAAGAAGGAAAUCGCGAUGUCCAAUACAGCUGGAGGUGCUCCUCUCAGAUUAUGCGCCAAUUUGAGAAUGUGGCCAUUAUUAAUGCAUUCUUUGACUAAGCAUAUGGCCUUUAGAUCCGGUAUCAUACCUGCGGAUCAUCGGGCAGCCGCCUUAAAUGCCCUGGAGUCGCUUCCACUUCCAUAUUUCAUCAAAAACAUUUACCCAAGCGUGUACUCGCUCCAUGAUAUGCCAGACGAGGCCGGAUUGCCAAAUGAGAAUGGCGAGAUAGUGCUACCGCAGCCUAUCAAUGCAACAUCGUCCUUAUUUGAGCGCUACGGUCUAUACUUACUCGACACCGGAAUGGAUAUGUUCUUGUGGCUCGGGGGCGACGCUGUUCCAGAGUUGGUAAUGGACGUUUUUGGUACCCAGGAUAUCAUGCAAAUUCAGGUCGGCAAGGGUGAAUUACCAAUACUGGAAAACUCUGAAUUCAACGAGCGUGUCCGCAACGUAAUCGUCAAACUAAGGGAGCAUGAUGACAUCAUUACCUACCCAACACUUCAUAUUGUUAGAGGCGCCUCUCCAAGUGAGCCAAUGAACCAUGCUUCUGCUAGGGAGGUGGCUUCCCUAAGACUGUGGGCCACCAGUCAGCUAGUGGAGGAUAAAGUGCAGAGCAGUUUCACCUACCGUGAAUUUUUGCAAAGCAUGAAAACCAAAACUAGUAAAUAG